UCGAGAACAGGGUCACCGCGCCCAUCUUCCGUCUGACGGCCAGAGCGCGAGAGACUGAAGAAACGCUUCAUCAGCUGUGCGGGGCGUCAAGAAAGCGAGCGAGCGUCGCGUUAGCCGCGGUCAUCACAGGACAUUUGCCUGCAGCGUGUGUUGAUUUGCAUCCGACUGAGCGCUGUGCAGCGGUCGCGGGUUCGGGGAGUAACGGAUUGAUCUAACGGACCGUCUGCCGGCCGUAACGGCAGCUGUGGAUCUCUGUUCGCUGUUUACAGUCAAUGAGAGCAACACAACAAACUGCGACGACUGAUCACAGAUCCGUGCGAGAGCCAGUGAGUGGACGGAGUAAAGCCCAUCGUCUAGAGGAAAAUGAGCGAACUUGACCAGUUACGUCAGGAGGCUGAACAGCUGAAGACCCAGAUCAGAGAUGCGCGGAAAGCAUGCGCAGACGCCACCCUCUCGCAGAUCACAGCAAACAUCGAGCCCGUGGGCCGGAUUCAGAUGCGCACUAGACGGACACUAAGGGGACAUUUGGCAAAGAUCUACGCCAUGCACUGGGGCACUGACUCGAGGCUGCUCGUCAGUGCUUCUCAGGACGGGAAACUGAUCAUCUGGGACAGCUAUACUACAAACAAGGUACAUGCCAUCCCGCUGCGUUCCUCGUGGGUCAUGACCUGCGCGUACGCUCCGUCUGGAAACUACGUGGCCUGCGGAGGUCUGGAUAACAUCUGCUCUAUCUACAAUCUGAAGACCCGCGAGGGGAACGUGCGAGUCAGCCGGGAGCUGGCAGGACACACGGGUUAUCUGUCCUGUUGCCGUUUCGUGGAUGAUAACCAGAUUGUCACAAGCUCAGGUGACACCACCUGCGCUCUCUGGGAUAUUGAGACCGGGCAGCAGACGACCACGUUCGCAGGUCACACGGGUGACGUGAUGUCGCUGUCUCUGGCCCCGGACACGCGUUUGUUCGUGUCGGGGGCCUGCGACGCUUCGGCUAAGCUGUGGGACGUCAGGGAAGGCAUGUGCAGACAAACCUUCACUGGCCACGAGUCCGACAUCAACGCCAUCUGCUUCUUCCCCAACGGCAACGCCUUCGCCACCGGCUCGGACGACGCCACCUGCAGGCUGUUCGAUCUGCGCGCCGAUCAGGAGCUGAUGGUCUAUUCUCACGACAACAUCAUCUGCGGAAUCACAUCCGUGGCUUUCUCCAAGAGCGGACGCCUGCUGCUGGCGGGUUACGACGAUUUUAACUGCAACGUGUGGGAUGCUCUGAAGGCCGACCGCGCAGGGGUUUUGGCAGGUCAUGAUAAUCGUGUCAGCUGCUUGGGAGUAACCGAUGAUGGGAUGGCUGUGGCUACAGGCUCCUGGGAUAGUUUCCUGAAGAUCUGGAAUUAAAGCUGUCGGACGGCGCCCAGACUCUACAGUCGACUGGAAGACCGGUCUAACGUUGAAACGUUGAGUUUUAUUGUCCUUUCUGCUCCUCCUCAAACAGAACUGACCCCAACAUCUUUAAUGACAAAUAAGAAAGAAAAUCUCUCCUUUGGAAAACAAACAAAGAAAAAAAAGAGCACAAUUGUUUCACUCGGCUAGAUUGUAGUUUGUAAACGGAUUAAAGUUGGUAAUUGUGCAGAUUCCUUCUGGGACCAUUUUUUUGAUCUUGUAUUGAAAGACACUCAUUCCACUGCUAUUGUCAUCGCGCUAACAUCACAGCAUCAUUUUAUUUAACACCCACACGGGCACAGGUUUUUCUAACUCGAUCACUUUCUGGGCCUUUUCACUUUUUUUUGGACCCCUCCCCGUGGGUUGAGAUUUGGAAUCGAGGAGCACAGGCGUGCUUUUUGUCUCCUAGUUUUUAAAUAUUUUAGCAUCGAGUUUGUAGUGGGAAUAUAAAACAAGCAUGACGUUAUCAAUGUUGUGAAACUCUGUCAAAAGGGGUCCACUAGCUGCUAUCAGGCCUGUUUAUUUAGUCCAGGGAUUUUGGUUUCUGGUCAAGCGAGUUUGUUUUGCUCAUAUAUGUAAUAACGUUCAGCUAUGUUAACCAAGCACGUGCUGUUCAUGAUAACCAAUGCUCCAAUUUCAUAGAUAAGACCACGUCAAUUUUAUCCCCUUAUGCUUUUUUUGUAGCGUUGAAUGAAGAUUAACCAAUCAUGUCAUAUUGUUUUGAACGUUUUUCUUAUCCUGACCUGUUUGCUGUAGAGGAUGUUGACAGUAGGGCUGGGGCAGUUCUUUAAGUUUAGUUUCUUUCUUUUUUUAAGAGAGGUGCCCAUGUUGUGCUUGGAAAACAGUUACUGCUCUGUGAAUGACAUGUUGUAUAAAUCAAUGUUUGAAAAUAAUGAUGUUGAAAACGUUUUUAAGUUAAAAAUGAAAACAGAUCUUAUUUUGGUUGUCUGCCAUGGGUGGGAAACUCGUAGACUUGCAUGCUGUAGAAUUGCUUAAAAGAGGUGCAUAUGAAACUAAGCCCUUGAUGUUUUUGUUUUUUUCUUUGUUUCUUAAAAAUAACCUGUUAAAUAGAGAUCAUCACAGUAUUUAUAUUAUUUCUUUGUUUCUGUUCGUUUGGUUUUCUGCUACUCUGUGCAUACAUAACAUACAUAACUGGGUUUUAUCUUGCAACGCUUCAGAGCUAUGCACGUAAGAGAAGCGAAGAGUAAAACACACGACGGUGAGCCGUUCUGUCCCUGAAGAAACACACACACGCACGCAUGCACGCACCCCGACCCUGUAAAAACAACACACACGAAGAACAAAGACCGUCUCAUUCUCUCUGUAGCAAAACAACAUUUCUGCUGACACGAAGACGAUGCUAGAGACGUUUUGUAACAAACAGGUUUUUUUCGGGUUUGUUCUUUGAUAUAAAACGCAGAAUUGAACGGGAGAAUCUGUUGUUUCACUUGACGUGUGUCAAGAGACGCUCUCUUUACUCGGCUGUAGUGGCAUUUCUUCCAUCCUCUUAUUCAUUCUGUACAGAAACACAACAAGUCCUGUCGCUGUACGUUAGGCCUGGAGUUGGCAACACGAAUAAAGACUAAAAAUGAACUAAGUUUCCUUUUCUCUCUCCAUACCAGUAACUUGCACUGCAUUCUCUCUUAUUCAUCUUUUGUAUUUCAUUUUAAAGUCAGUGUACAACAGAAAGCUGGAUGCCAGAUAGAAACUAUAUUAAAACGUACUGUUAUUUAAAAUAUAAUAAAAGCAGUUUGAGAUGA